AUGGCGACACUUCCAGCACAUAACGCCGCCAACAAGAAACGAGGGGCCGCGGUGGAGUUUGAGAAGCCAGAAUCCAAGAAAAAGGCCGAUGCGGGUAAGGACAACAGCGCAGCGUCGGACGACCAGUAUCUUUACCCUCCCAAGAUUCUUACGGCAGAGGAGCGGCUCGAGCAGGCGAGAAAGACAGCACGCUAUGUGGACGAUGAGACUGCAAGACGGAACGCGAUCCUAGAAGAAAAUGAAUUCCGCAUUGCCAACCCAACAUGGAAUACGGCAAUCACUUCUCAGUGCCCAGCAUGGGUACAUUACCGAACGGAGCUCGUGGCCGAUUUGAGAAAGCUUUCUGUCAAGGAUGUUCUUGACAAUCGCAACAUAAAGCUCGACGCAGAGGGUCCAAAGGACGCCAAAGGGAACCCGUUGCUUGAUAGAUAUGGCAGGCCCGCGUUCAACUUUGAUAGAUUCAAGUAUCUGUUACUAGUUCCGCCACCCGUGGAUGGCUUAAUUCUCCAACUGCAAACAGAGAAUGCGAUACUCUACAAGCAAGCGCUCAAGACUGAUCAAUUCAAAGGUGCACACGACAAUCUCGCCACGAAGCUCACCAUGGUGCACUUUGGCCUUCCAAUCGAACCCCUCACCGUGAACAACAUCGCCAGAGCAAACUUUAAUGACGGCGAUGAUCCGGAAGAUGACGCGCCAGUACCACCACAAGUUCAAAGGAUUAUCUAUGCCGAAAAACCGUUGGAAUUCCUUGACGAGUACCAUGAGAGAGGUUAUGGGUUUCAUAUGCUUCGCAGAGCAAAGCCUAAACAUGUGAUCAAACCUACGCCCCAAACCACGCUUCCUGUUCCGCCGGCACCGCUGAACUUAUUUGGCGCCCGGAUUCCCAACCCACCAGCUCACCACCAUCAUGGUCAAACCCUGGCUCCUUUGCAACCAACAGGACAGCCAGUUGGCCUUCGUGGCGGUGCUGGGAACUCGACGACACGCACCAUAUACAAUCACUUCGGUGGAAGUUAUACUGUCAAUGUUGAUGACGACACCGAGCUUGUCUCACCUCAAGACUUUCUGAGAGCAUCUUUUUACCUCCUGGAUCUCCACCAAAAUUCCAGCUGGAUCAUUGUCUUUGACCAGUACAACAACUCUGAGCGGUACAAAAAAGAACCCAUCAAGAAGUUUGUCAGAUCGUUCGAAGUGUCGAAAAUUGAUUUCGCACAGAAGUACGAGGCGUAUUUGAGAGCAAGGAUUUCCAACAAGCUAGAAGAUUGGAUCAUAGUAGUACAGUAUAAGCACAUUCGGGAUCGUGAAAAGAGGGCUGCGCCAACUUUCCAACCACCGCACGGCAUCACAGGGAAUUCGAAUGGGCAGUUACCUGCUCAAGAAACACGACCCCUCAAUGCCCCUUCAGCGACCCAUCUGCCCCCACCCCCUCCAAAAUCACCCUCGCUUAAAUCGAAAACUCGUUUCAUCUUCCGCCACGACGAUGGGCAUCAGGUAACACAAAGUGCCCAGGUAACAGAUAGUGCCCAAGGUUUCGCCAGAAAGUCUCUGGAUUUGCUGAAAAACGCAGAUACUGACUGGAAAUUCUUCGUCGAUUUCUACGGCUUCAAUGACGAUGUGAGGAGGCCGGGAAAACCUAUACUUCCCUACCAUUCCACAAUCCUGGUCACCCCAGCAACCAUGAAUACGCUAUGGCUGAGUACAAUCCAAACGCGGCUGUUCGGGUCUUUGGAUUCGCGAUUCAGAUGGCGUGUUGUCAUCCGGGCUGAGGAGGAGGAUAUAGAUCCUACCUUCAACCCAUCUGAUGUUGAAUCAGACUCCUCGACGACCUCUAGCUCUCCCUCAGAUUCUGGGACGGGUGAAACCAAGCCAUCUAUUCUAAAACCAGGCCCUCUACUCAAAGAUCAUAUUUAUGGGUAUCGUGGAAUGACCCCAAUUGCGAAAUUCGACGAAAAGAGCUUUGCCGAAGCUGCUCUGGCUAUUCUAGCGCUGGACCAUCAUUCCAACUGGAAUUUCUCUAUGGACAUUAUUGAGAACGGGGCUAGCAAGACUGUCGCCGUCUCAAAACCCUUGUGGAGCCGUAUGUUCAAAGAUCACGUACAGAAGUUCGGCAAGCAGGCAGACGGAGGAAUCCCGAUCUUUGUUCGUGAUGUCACCGCUUUCCCCCGAUCGGAGGGACAGAUGCAGCCCGCGGCCGAUGUCGACAAUCUUGUCAGAUUGACAGACGGGACCGGGAGAACUGCAUAUUGGGCCAUUCCAAAAUCUCGCCUACGAUUCGGGGUCAACCAACUGCAAGAUGACUUUUUCUCGGCAAUGCAAGUUUUCUUCAACCCCGGUAACCGACGCCCUAGUCAGCAUGUUAUCGUUGGCGGCGCCGACCUCGGGCCUGGUGGGAUGGAGCUCACCCAACAGCUGUGGACCCAGCUCGCGAGAGACGCCCAAGAUCCAAGCAAACUCAUGCAGUACGCGGUUACAUUGGAGGAUAAAUCCUUGGACAGGAUGACUAAUGGAGAGUUGUUGCCUGUCCGCCUGGCUGGUGCGACGAGCUACGGUUACUAUACCGAAGGCAAUUACGACACGCUGGCCGCCGAGCUGAACAAUUUACUCGAUGCUGCUCUCGCUCUCGGUGGAGGAGCAAGGAAGCCGGCGGGACUCGUUCUCUGGUACACGCCAGAAGAUCGUGAAGACGGUCUCCAUCCAUUGGUCUUGCGCUCUCAGCCCGAGAAAACCCUUGCAGAGCGUCUUAAGAGUUGGGUCGAAGCACAGAACGGGAGAAAGACAAAUUGUAUCUGGUUUCGGCCGGUCUGGGAAGAGUUCGAAAUAGUAGAUGUUAGUGAACCGUCGAACUCUUCCGUUUGGAAACCCGCGAUGAGCAAUGGAGGCGCAUCUCUCAGUGCCUUCAGGGCGGAACUCUCUGCAAUACUCCCCGGGAGCAACACCGAUGGCUUCCAAAUCGCCCUAGCCGAGUCUAGUCAGAGAUUUGUUGUUGACAUCAAUACGACUGAAAAUCAAUGGCGCCGGAACGUGUUCGACUACCUGCUCGGACCGAGACUGCAUUUUCGACUAACAAAGAAUAUCAUCUAUAACUCUCCGAAUACCAUUCCACCAUGGGGAAUCUGGCGGAGGACUCAGAAUGCCGAUAUCACCGCUCCUCCAGUGACAGUAUUUCCAGACACGGGUUCUCCAGUCACGCCCCUCCCAGCACCUGAAUCGCCUACUAAGACAAGAGCGCCUCAUCACCAGCCGCAUCAUCACCAGCAUGAUCACCAGCAUCACCAGCACCACCAGCAUCACCAGCAUCACCAACCGCCGCACAGUCCAGCGCCGCCGUUAAAUGACCACACUGGCCCUCCGGAGCCAGUCAAGCAGCCACCCUUCACGCAUAACCACUCAAGACGUGUUCCAGGUGAAAGGGCUCACGUCCCUAGACCUGCGCAAAGUGGACUUUACGAAAGCUGGUUGUCUGACAAAUACGCUCAGGAUUCCUUGCAACAGCGUUCCUGGACCCAAGAUCAGUCAGUCAUUGAGCCAGGAUUCAAACCCGCAGCUCCACUUUAUGGCGACGUGUCGGAACUUGCCCUAACCGUGGGAUCGAACUUGCCGACUGUCUUCGCCCAGCACCUUACGCCCACGGAUAUUGCACAGCUUAUCCAUGAGAGACGGAAAGCUGUUAACCAUGCUCUGGAGAGACAGAUCGCUUGUCCGAUCUGUCCCCAGGUGUUCACAGCUUAUAAUGUUGAAGCCAAAAAGAAGCAUUUCGAGAUGCACAGUGCGCAGCUCAAUGCAGGCAGGUUAUGCCCAAUGUGUGGUAUCGACUGGACCUUCAUGACGUUUGAACAGCGGAAGGAUCAUAUCAUAGGCUGCCAGAUUAAGACGAACAAGGAGGACGUUAUGAAUUUCUGGGCUGCUACUAGAUGCCCAAUAUGCAACGAUAGCUUCGCAGGCCUAAAGGCAGAAGCCGUCAUUAAUCAUCUGGCAGCCCAUAUCCCGGGGACUCUCAAGUACUGCGAUCGUUGCAGCCUCGAUCUCUCGUCUUGCACUGGGGCGGAAAGGAACUACCACGAUAGCAUGUGCGUCCACACAAAGGACAAGCCGGCUGUGGCCGACACGAAGUGCGAUCACUGUGGCCGAGAGAAAUUCUAUGGGGAAGAAGAUGACCACGAUACGUGCGGAGACAACGUCAGCACCUAUUGUACGAGAUGUGGUUUUCUCAUCUCAAAUCUGAGGCUCGAGGACCAACACGCUCACAGACUUCGCUGCCGGGUCCUCUGUGGACCUACCGGGACGUUUUGCAAGCGCUGUGGCAUCGAUCUUUCGGUCUUGGAUUCUGUCGGACACGCAUUUCACAACAAUGAAUGCUACCAACGAGAACCUUUUGCGACCAAUGCUCAGACUGAUUCUGAGAGAGCAAGAUCUAUCAAUGACCAGCAAAUCCAAAACAAUCGCGACUCGAGCGAGCUCAAACAACAGCGAGCUGAUCUCGCUCAACGCCUGCGCGAUCUAAGAGACAAGGAGCAUGGUCUUCUGAUUCGAGAAGCUGCUGUGAACACGCAGUCAUCACCACAGGUCACAGAUAUGGGAGCUUGUGCAUUCGAUUCUUGCCAUCAACAUAUUGGCUUGAUGACCCGCGAGCAGAUGUUUGAUCAUUUCAACGGUCAUGCCGCAUCAGGCUCAGGCUCAGGCUCAGGCUCAAGCUCCGGCGAUCGUAUCAACCUGGGAAUAUGCCCUAUCAGGGGAUGUGGUGCCAAUCUGAACGGAAAAACCGCACAGGAACUCAUCGCUCACAUCAGGACUCACUCUGGCCUUGGUGGGGUGGAAGCAAGCAGUAGUGGGGGCAAUCCUUGCGAUACUGUAGCCCUUCAGAAGGCACUUCAGGCCUUCAAGGCACGGAUGCCUGAGUUCAAGGAGGCUCAUAAGGCACUUCAGAAUCUGGCCACCACAGCCUCGCAGAACAGCCUGAGAGCCCCGGACACGCAACUCGCGGGGCCCAACCCCGCUGGCGAGACGGGCCUGACUCCACAACAGCAUGCCGCAAGCGCUGAAGUCAGACAGCACCAGCAGGCAGCGAACGAUGUCAGUCUGGAUACACAAGUGGCCAUCGCCCAGGCUGCGAAGAACACCGCCGAGAAGGAGCUUGCCAGCGCCAUCGAGGCACAAAGACUUGCAGACGAAGCGGCCAAGGCCGAGAGGCUUGCGGGCCACCCAGCAGCCGAUGGCGACCCGGCUGACACGACCCAGACCGGCUUCCUGCCGUCGCCUCCCCGCGCCUCACUCAAGGAGUUCCGGCCCCUGCGCAAAUCCCGCAGCGUUCGCGGGCGGCCCCCCACGACGAGCUCCAAGCGUAAGAAGGCCGCGAUGGACGACUCCGAGGACACGCUCUCCGGGGGGUCGACUCUCCAGCGCUCGCCGUCUAAGCGCGAGACGAAGAAGAUGAAGACCACUGGCGAGGGCAUGAGUAGUAGUCCUGACAAGCGCAAGCGCCGACAGAUUAUUGCUGCCGGGGAGGGGGACGGCAGUAGCAGGUUUGACGGCGACGAGGGCCUGAGUGCGAUGAUGGCUGGGCCGAAGAGGAUGACGAGGGCGGCUGCUGCUGUAGGAGCUGCGUCGAGGAGGGUGGGACGACCGAGGGGGGUGGCUCUCGAGGAGCAGGCCGAGGAUGAUGGCUUUGAGGAUGUGGAGGAGGAGGAGGAGGACGACGACGACGAGGAGGAGGUGGUGGUGUCGGGACCGGGCCGGGACCAGGCUCGUUGA